AUAUAAUUUUUUUUUUCAUAUGGUUGAAAAAAAUGCUAGCUUUGUUCUUGUUCUUCACUUUGUAUAUCUCUUAUAAAAAUAUAUUGUGAAUUGUGAUCGUUACAAUAUUUGCCAAAACCCUUUAAAUGUAUUUUACCAUUUACGAAAUUAGUUAUGUUGGCUAAAUUUCUUGCUUGAUUUGAAGUGUCAAUAUGCUGUUAGUUGAUUUUGCUUGAUUUGGAUGUAAUCAUGUACUAAUAGAUAUGCAUAUAAAAUCCAUGUUUGUUUUUUUGACAUUAACCCAUGUUUUAAUAGUGUCUAGAGUUUGAUGUAAUGGAUAUGCAUAUAAAUUUAUAACCCAUGUUUCGAAACUAGUUAAGUUGGCUAAAGUUCUUGCGUAAUUUGAAGUGCCAAUGUGUUGCAAUAGUUAAAUUUGCUUGAUUUGGAUGUAAUGGGUAAUUGGGUAUGCAUAUAAAAUUGUAAUCCUUGUUUCAAAAUAUUAUUAGUACUGUUUAGUUUGAUGUAAUGGAUAUGCAUAUAAAUUAGUAACCCAUUUUCAAUAGAUUAUUAGUACUUUCUAUGAGUUUAAUUCUUACAAUACAAUAUUCCUUGUUGUCAGGAAUAAGAACUGAUGAAUAUUGCUUAAAGAAAACAUGGGUUCAACUCCUAGAAAGCAUAAGAAUUUGGGGGCCUUGGAAAACAAAGACUUGAUCAGUAGUUUACCAGAUGAUGUAUUAGGUCGAAUUCUAUCUUGGCUUCCUACCAAGUAUGCUGUGGCUACUACUAUUCUUUCAUCUAGGUGGAAGAACCUUUACAAACUUGCUAGUACUCUUGAUUUUGAUGAUUCGAUAUCUUUUAAUCCUCGAGUUCGUUUGGGAAUAGGAAGAAGGAAUAAUACUUGUUUUAAGGAGAUCGUAAAUUUGAUGUUGGCACGAUGCAAGACAUCGCAAAUUAGUAAGUUCCGGAUGAAAUGUAAGAACAAUUAUAUGCCUUCUCUGCUACAUGAAUGUAUGGAAGCUGUUGUAUCUCAUAAGGUUGCUGAACUUGAAUUAUCAUUUCAUAUGAGUAUGUCUUGUUUGCUAAAAUUUUCUCAAUUAACUUGUGAAAAUCUGGUGUUGUUGAAGUUGGAUGGCAUAUUUACACUUUGUGUUCCGAAGUCAGUAACAUUUCCAAGACUUAAAGUCCUUUUCAUGAAAGGAAUUACAUUCUAUGGUAGAAGCUGGAGGAGCUUGAUUGUGAAUGAUGAACCUAUUUGGGAUCAUUAUCACAGUCUUAACGGGAUUUUGUCCGGGUGUCCACUACUAGAAGAAUUGGUAAUAGAUGGGUGCACUUGGCAUGGUGGUGAUCUAUACUUUACUAAUCCCUUGCUUAGAAAGUUGACACUUGAUCCUGGUCUUAACGGGCCUCUUGAUCAACUUAAUGAUGCAACAAUUUACAUUGAUUUGCCAAGUUUGGUCUACUUUGAUUACUCUGAAUGCUUAGCACAGCAGUACGAAAUCAGGAAUCUGAACUCUAUCAUUGAGGCUCAUAUAAUCACUGGUUUUAAUGAUGAUGAAUACGAGGAUGGACAAGAUCUUUGCAACACUAUGCUUGAUUUUAUCACAGGGCUACGUGAUUGUCAAUUCUUGGACUUGUCCAGGCAAUGCUUGGAGGCUCUCACAAGUGGCUAUUUUGAACUGCCUGUCUUUCGUUAUUUGACUCGUUUAGACCUCGCCCUUGGGCAUGAUGUUAGCUGGAAUGAUGUGCUGUUGGACUUUCUAAUUAGCUCGCGUUGUCUCAAAUCUCUCACAUUGGUGCAGGACUCCAGUCAACAAGAUGCAACGUUCUCACUAAAAAAUGAAGCAGUGCCUGCUUGUGUCGAAUCUUGGUUAAAGUUGAUCAACAUCAAAGAUUUUAAAGGAUUUAAAGGAGAGAUAAAAAUGCUAAAGUAUUUCCUUGAGAAUGCUCAUGUUUUGGAGAAGAUGGUAAUACAAUGGGACCGAAGCAACAGGGUGGCGGCCUUUGUUGCUAAAGAAAAGGAUAUAUUGAAGCUGCCCAAGUCCUCUGUAUCGUGCUCAAUUGAAUUCAAGUGAUGCGAAGUACUAGAUUUUUUAGGCCGGGCUAGUUUUUUUUGCUGUUUUUGCUGUGAUUCUAAUUUGACUGGUGCAAGUGGUUACAAUGUUUUGUCACAAAAAAACAGUGCAUAAACAUUUUAACAACUUUUCCAUGUUCAUUUUGUGUGUAUACUUGUUGGGGCCUAUUAAUGGCAAGUAUGGCUCAAUAUGUUGAUGGCUACAGCUUUUGAAUGUUAUGUAAGAAUUGUAUGUGAAGUAUAUCUUUGAGGAUAUACAUUGGUAUGAA